CCCGCCCACUGCCGGGUUCUCGCUGAUCAUUGGCUAGAGUUGAACUAGUGUGAGUUCUCAUUGGUUAAGACCGGUGUCUGUCAGUCUCCUUGAGCGCAUGGCCUAAGCUAGAAGAAGGAAGCCACGUUUACACAAAAGUAGAAGAUUUUUGUGUCAGUCCGGGGCCUGGAGGGGCACAUUUCUCACAUUCACGAAUCAAGGGCUUCAGUAGGAACAUCUAAGGACAGGACAAAUACUCCACAUCACUUUACAGGAUGAGUGUUGGAUUCAUUGGAGCGGGCCAGCUGGCUCAUGCUCUCGUAAAAGGCUUCACUGCUGCAGGUGUCAUCGCCACUCACAGGAUUACAGCAAGCUCCCCAGACACAGACUUGCCUACUGUGUCAGGACUCAGGAAAAUGGGAGUUAACCUGACGACAAGUAACAAAGAGACUGUGAAUAAGUCUGACGUGCUGUUUCUGGCCGUGAAGCCUCACAUCAUUCCUUUUGUUUUGGAUGAGAUUGGACCAGACAUUGAGGAUCGCCAUCUUAUUGUUUCCUGUGCUGCAGGUGUAACCAUCAGCUCCAUAGAGAAGAAACUGCUUCAGUAUCGUCCAACCCCCAAAGUUAUGAGGUGCAUGACCAAUACGCCAGUAGUGGUGAGAGAGGGAGCUACAGUGUAUGCCACUGGGACACAUGCAGAGGUAGAAGAUGGCAAACUGCUGGAGCAGCUGAUGGCGAGUGUUGGCUUCUGCACAGAGGUGGAAGAGGACCUCAUUGAUGCUGUGACUGGUCUAAGUGGAAGUGGACCUGCAUAUGCAUUCACUGCCUUGGAUGCUCUAGCUGAUGGAGGUGUAAAAAUGGGUCUACCCAGGAGGUUGGCUGUCAGGCUCGGAGCUCAGGCUUUACUGGGGGCAGCCAAGAUGCUUCUAGACUCAGAGCAACAUCCUGGCCAACUGAAGGACAAUGUGUGCUCCCCUGGAGGAGCCACCAUCCACGCCCUGCACGUCAUGGAGAGCGGGGGCUUCCGCAGCCUUUUGAUCAACGCAGUGGAGGCUUCAUGCAUCAGAACACGGGAGCUGCAGUAUCUGGCAGAUCAAGAGCGCAUUUCUCCAGCAGCUAUAAAGAAAACUACACUGGACAAGGUGCUUCAACAGCCUGGAGUCGACGUCAGUGGAGUGGCCAAUGGCAGAUCUGGACUCAGCUUAUUCAACAAUCGUAGUUCAGGCAUCAAGAAGAAGAACUGAUCCCAAAGAGGCAAACACACAAGUAUAUAUAUGCUCAGUACAUCUUGGACAUGCAAAUGUUGAAAUGCACUCAGGGACCUGAACAUCCAAUGAUUUUGAUGCAUUAUUUAUUCAUGUACAAGUGAAAUUGGAUCAGUUGGUCUUGCUACCACAUUUUCCAUCAAACACAGGUGCAGAGUGUAGUUAAAGCAGUUAUGGCCUUAUGUUUGGACUGAUAUUAUGGCCAACAUGUGUGCGACGUGCAUUUACAAGCUGUCUUCAGUCUGGAUAUGGGUUCACGUAAUCAAGCUCUGUUUAGCUGUAAUUACUAUUUUGGCCAUUGUCAGAUUUUGAUCACACGACACCAGAUGGUUACUGGAAGACCAUAAAGCUGUUUGUGUCUUUACCAUUAUCAAUUAUGAAGUCUGAACUUGGUUUUGUGAGAGACUAUUUUUGUUAGAAUCAAAAACGCUAUUUUAGUGAAGACUGAAAGAUAACAGAACAAAGUUUUAGGUUGGUCAUGCCUCCAUCACGUUGAACAUGCCUUAUUUUAGUGUUAAUAUGUAAAGCUGUAUAGUUUAGCAUUUCUGAUAUUGCUUUCCUUCUGUAAAAUGAACAUACUUGUACUGCAAACUUUUUUAUUCUGGGACACUUUCUUGCACAAAACAACUUUUUUUUAAUCUUGAGUACUAUCAGGCUUAAUUCCUAUGUAUGAAUGACAGAUUUUUAACAGGUGUAGAUCUAUGUGCAUUUCCUGGUAAUCUGUCCUUUUGUCUUUUGUUUGCUUUCACUUUCCUGUACCUUUUUGUUUUGUCUGCAGCACCACAUAAGCUUGGUUGGUGUGCUUGAUUUAAAAACUCAUUAAAAGACUAGAUAUUUGAAAAGCUUUUACCGUUUUUUUGUUUUCCUAGAAUAGGUUUUCCCCCUGCCCCAGCCAGCAGAUGGCGCCCAGGCAUCAAUGUGACUCGCUUGUACUUUGUUUCAAAAGCCCC